AUGAAAGUCGAGGAUGUUUUGAGGGAAUGGGGGCUUAGGAAAGUGUCUACAAUUACCCUGGAUAACGCAACAGCAAAUGAUGUGGCUGUGAGUUAUUUGGAUAGAAGACUUAAGAGCAAGAAUGCUUUACUGGGUGUAGGUGAUUAUUUGCAUAUGAGGUGUGCUGCCCAUGUCUUGAACUUGGUAGUGAGAGAUGGUGAAAAAGAACAUGAAGGGUCUAUUGAAUCAGUUCGCACUGCUGUUAGGUUUGUAAGGUCUUCUCCACAAAGAGCUAUGAAGUUUAAGGAGUGUGUUGAACUUGCGGGCAUAACUUGUAAAAAAAAACUUUGUCUUGAUGUUUCUACAAGGUGGAAUUCCACUUACCUAAUGUUGGAUGCUGCUGAAAAGUUUGAAGCUGCAUUUGAUAAUAUGAUUGAUGAGGAUCCUGGAUACAUCGAAUAUUUUGACCUCCUUACCGGUCCACCCGGUUCUCAGGAUUGGAAAAAAGUUAGGGCUUUUGUGGUUUUCUUACAAACCUUCUAUGAGGCAACCAAAGUGUUUUCAACUUCGCAAGAAGUGUCCUUGCAUUUAGCUUUUCAUAACUUGUCUUCAAUUUUGUGUGAGCUUCAAGAAGCUUCAUUUAACUUGAAUUCUUAUGUGGCUCCAAUGAUUUCACAUAUGAAGGUUAAAUAUGAUAAGUAUUGGGGGGAUGUGGGAAAAGUGAAUCAUUUUCUUUACUAUGGAGUGAUCUUUGAUCCUAGGUUUAAGUUUAACUAUAUUGAGUGGUCUUUUAAUGAUAUGUAUGGGCAUUCUAGUGACCUUGCCAAGAAAAAUAUUGAAUGUGUCAAAACUAGUUUGUUUAAACUAUAUAAUUGGCAUAAAUCUGAUCAUGAUAAGAAUGUUGGGGCUAGUCCUUUAAGUGCACCAGGGAGCACUUCCCUUGGAGAAGCAUCUUCCCAACCAAAAGAACCAUCACCUUUUACAAGGGCUAAUGCUUUUAAGAAACAUUUGAAGGAAAAAGACACAAUUGAAAAUGAAAAUGAACUAGAGAACAACCUUGGUUCGGGAUGUGUUGGCAACACCUGUUUCUAG